GUUGAGCAAACACCUCCUCCUCAGGGCCCCCAUCCCAAUUUCUGCUGGGAAUUCGGAUCCUACUCUGCCCGGACCCGGGAGCGCAGAGGCGGCGGGGACCGGACGAGUCACCAGGUUUCAAGAUGCUGAGAAUACCUAGGACCAAACUGGGCGGGCUGGGCCUCAGCCUCUCCAGGCUUCACUACAAGGCGGUGAUGGCGUUGAGGCGGGAGGAUGUGAAUGCCUGGGAGAGGCGGGCUCCCCUGGCUCCCCGGCACAUCAAAGGAAUCACCAAUCUGGGGUACAAGGUCUUAAUACAGCCUUCCAAUCGGCGGGCCAUUCACGAUAAGGAAUAUGUCAAAGCUGGUGGCAUUCUUCAGGAGGAUAUUUCUGAAGCUUGUUUGAUUUUGGGAGUUAAAAGACCCCCAGAGGAAAAAUUAAUGCCUAAGAAAACCUAUGCAUUCUUCUCCCACACCAUAAAGGCUCAGGAGGCCAAUAUGGGUUUGUUGGAUGAGAUCCUAAAACAGGAAAUCCGACUUAUUGAUUAUGAGAAAAUGGUGGAUCAUAGAGGAAUACGGGUAGUGGCGUUUGGACAGUGGGCAGGUGUGGCAGGGAUGAUCAAUAUUUUACAUGGAAUGGGUUUAAGGCUCCUUGCUUUGGGACAUCACACACCUUUUAUGCACAUUGGCAUGGCUCAUAACUACAGGAACAGCAGUCAGGCUGUGCAAGCUGUCCGAGACACUGGCUAUGAAAUAUCUCUGGGUUUGAUGCCAAAGUCGAUAGGGCCCUUAACAUUUGUGUUCACAGGGACUGGUAAUGUAUCUAAGGGAGCCCAAGAAAUCUUCAAUGAAUUACCUUGUGAAUACGUGGAGCCGCAUGAAUUAAAAGAAGUUUCCCAAAAUGGAGACCUGAGAAAAGUGUAUGGGACAGUGUUAAGUCGCCAUCAUCAUCUCGUCAGGAAAACAGAUGGUAUAUAUGAUCCUGUAGAGUAUGACAAGUAUCCUGAGCGCUACAUAAGCCGUUUUAAUACUGAUAUUGCACCCUAUACAACUUGUUUAAUUAAUGGAAUCUACUGGGAACAAAACACCCCUCGCCUACUAACCCGCCAAGAUGCUCAGAGUCUCCUGGCUCCAGGCAAGUCCUCAGUUGCUGGUGUUGAAGGCUGCCCUGCAUUGCCACACAAACUUGUGGCACUAUGUGACAUUUCAGCUGACACCGGAGGAUCUAUUGAGUUUAUGACUGAGUGUACGACAAUAGAGCAUCCCUUCUGCAUGUAUGAUGCAGAUCAGCAUAUUAUUCAUGACAGUGUUGAAGGCUCUGGGAUUCUGAUGUGCUCCAUUGACAAUUUGCCGGCACAGCUUCCAAUUGAAUCUACCGAAUACUUUGGAGACAUGCUUUACCCUUAUGUUGAAGAAAUGAUAUUAUCAGACGCGACACAGCCUCUUGAAAGUCAGAAUUUUUCUCCUGUGGUGCGAGAUGCAGUGAUUACAUCCAACGGCACAUUGUCUAAUAAGUAUAAAUAUAUCCAGAAACUCCGGGAGAGCAGGGAACGUGUUCAGGCACUUUCAGUGGGCACCAAGAAAAAGGUCUUGGUUCUUGGAUCUGGUUACGUAUCUGAGCCGGUGUUGGAAUACCUGUCCAGGGAUGACAAUAUAGAAAUAACAGUAGGUUCUGACAUGAAGAGUCAAAUCGAACAGUUAGGCAAGAAAUAUAAUAUUAAUCCUGUUAGCCUGUACGUUGGUAAACAAGAAGUGAAGUUGAGCUCCUUGGUGGCAACGCAGGAUCUUGUCAUCAGCUUGUUGCCUUAUGUACUGCAUCCUCUUGUGGCCAAGGCAUGCAUCGCAAGCAAGGUUAACAUGAUAACUGCAAGCUACAUCACCCCGGUGCUAAAAGAAUUAGAAAAGAGUAUGGAAGAUGCUGGCAUCACAGUCAUUGGCGAAUUGGGAUUGGACCCUGGUCUUGAUCAUAUGUUGGCAAUGGAAACGAUAGAUAAGGCCAAAGAAGUGGAAGCCACGAUUGAAUCUUAUGUUUCUUACUGCGGUGGCCUUCCAGCCCCUGAACAUUCAGACAAUCCUUUGAGAUACAAAUUUAGCUGGAGUCCAGUGGGAGUUUUGAUGAACAUAAUGCAGCCCGCCACCUACCUGCUCAAUGGAAAGGUUGUGAAUGUGGUAGGGGGCGUCUCCUUUCUGGAUUCGGUUACUCCUAUGGAUUAUUUCCCUGGAUUAAAUUUGGAAAGUUACCCUAACAGAGACAGUACCAGAUAUGCUGGGAUUUACGGCAUCCCGUCUGCUCACACUUUAUUACGGGGGACGCUGAGGUACAAGGGAUAUGCCAAAGCCUUGAAUGGAUUUGUAAAAUUGGGUCUUAUAAACAGAGAUGCAUUUCCUGCCCUUCGACCUGAUGCUAAUCCGCUCACCUGGAAAGAACUCCUCUGUGAUCUAGUGGGAAUUUCACCCUCCUCCAAGUGUGAUGUGCUUAAGGAAGCUGUCUUCAAGAAGCUAGAAGGAGACAACACCCAGCUGGAGGCUGUUGAAUGGUUGGGCUUACUUGGGGAUGAACAGGUCCCUCUGGCAGAGUCUCUCGUGGAUGCACUCUCCAAGCAUUUGGCCAUGAAGCUUUCCUAUGGCCCUGGAGAGAAAGAUAUGAUUGUGAUGAGAGACAACUUUGGAAUCAGACAUCCUUCUGGACAUUUAGAAAAGAAAACUAUUGAUCUUGUGGUUUAUGGGGAUGUCAAUGGUUUUUCAGCUAUGGCUAAAACUGUGGGGUUACCCACUGCUAUGGCAGCCAAGAUGUUACUCGAUGGUGAAAUUCAAUCUAAGGGCCUGAUGGGGCCCUUUUCAAAGGAGAUCUAUGGACCAAUAUUGGAGCGAAUUAAAGCAGAGGGCAUUAUGUAUACUACACAGAGCACAAUCACACCAUAAUUGAGAAUUAUAUUUUGUUUUUAUCUUCCCAGACAACACAGCUCUGAACUUUUAUGCAACAAGCAUGCUUGCUAAUGUGAUAUUUUAAAACAUAAAGCAUGAUAUGUUUUGAUUAAGUCAAUACAAUGGUGUUUUUGAAAUAUAAAUCUCUAUUUUAAUAUGAAAACAUUUGGAGCAAGAGAUGCCAGUAAUUACCAGGGAACUUUAAUAAUUCUAUCAUGUAUUUUUUCAUGGGUAUGUAAAAGUGAUAAUGAUUGUACUACUUGUUAAUUUAUUAUGCAACUUUUUUCUUACAAGACUAUAUUUUCUGAUAAUUAGCAGAUGAAGUUUCAUCUUUUUAGUAAGAAAAAAAUUUCUUCAUGCAGCUUUA